AUGUUUGGUAUAGUGGGAGAAGGAACAAAGUAUGUGAAGAAGAAACAAGAAAAAGGUAUUUCAAGAAUUAUGGGUAAAUGUCCAGAAUCUAUAGCUAAAUUGAAUGAUAAUGAUAUAUCAAUGAUUGAAAAAAAAAUAACAGGUUAUCAAUUAGAUGUACUAGAAGCUCAGAAGAUAGCUUUAGAAAAAGAUAAAGAACUAUACAACUUACGAUAUUGUUAUGACAGUAGUAAGGCUAGUGUUGAAUAUUUAGAAAAUAGAUGUAAAAAAUUAGAAUUUGAAUUAAAAUCCUUAGCUAUGGGAAUUGGUAUUGGUAAAAAAGAAAAAGAACAGCAACGUGAAAUUGAAAGGUUACGUAAAGAAGCUUCUCAAUUCAUAAAUAUUAAAUCUGAGGCUGAAAAGCAGAAAAAAUAUUUUUCAGAUAGAUGUAUGUAUUUAGAUCAUGAAUUGGAAAAAUUAAGAGAUGAAUUAGCAAGUAAAGUAGCAGAGCUAGAAUCAAUGACUAAACUUUAUCAAGAAUUAAGAAUUAAACAGGAAAAAACUAAAGAUGAUUUGGAUAGUAUGAUGGCCAAAUGUAAAUAUUUAGAAGAUGAGAUAUUAAAAAAAAAUGAUGCAAUUCUUCAAAUUCAAAUUAAUGUCAAAUCUAAAGAAAUUGAAAUUCAAAAACUUCAAGAUAAAAUAAAAGAAAAGGAAGAACAAAUAAUAGAACUAAAUGAUUCAAUAAAAAGUAAGGAAUUAGAUAUUAAUCAAUUAAUUGAAGAUUUAAAUAACAAAGAUAUUGAAUGUAAAAAUUUAACUGAUAAGAUUAAAUUAAUUGAAAUAGAACUUGAUGAUAAUAAGAAGAGGCUUAAAGAAUUCUGUGAAAUCAAUGAAACAAAAAUAUCAGGAUUAAAUAUAGAAGUAGAAAAUCUAAAGAAUGAAAUAACUGAAAAAGAUAGUCAGUUAAAAGUUUUAGAACAAAUAAAAUCUGAAGUACAAAAUAAGUCAAAACAAUUAGAGGAUCUUAAAAAACUAAAUAAUGAGUUAUUAGAGAAAUCCAAUGAUUCUAUUAAUUUAAAAGAACUUGAGUCUGAUUUGAAAGAUAAAGAUGAACUAGUUAACUCCUUAAAUCAACAAAUCGAAUUAUUAAAUAACAAAUUGGAGAUUGUAAAUAAAAAAAGUUCUGAAAAUAAUGUAAUAGAUAGUAAUAAGACAUCAAUCCAAAUACAAAAUAUAAUGCUAACUAAAAUUUUACAGGUCAAAGAAGAAAUAUUACCUAAUUUUCAAGAAUCUAUUCUGGAGAGUAUUAAAUCAAUAGAUUUUAUUAAUAUAAACAAAAAUAUAUCUGAAGAAAAUGAGGAAAUUGAAAAACAAAUUAAUAUGAAUGAUUUACCAACAUAUCGUAUAGAUACAGGUAUACCCAUUGAAAGGGAGAUUUAUCAAUUAAAAGAGAAGCUAAAACAAUAUGAAACUAAUUAUAUUUUAUUUCAAAAAAAAUUAGACGAAAAUUUACAAAUUAUAGAUUCAAAAAAUAGGGAAAUUGAUCAAUUAAAUAUGAAAUUGAAUAAAUUAAUUAUAGAUCAACCUAAUAAAGAUAUUAAUUUAAUUAAUAUAUCAGGUAGUCAUUUAAGACAGGAUUUAGAUGGAAAAUAUAAUAUAUUAUUGAAAGUAAUAAAACUACAAAAAGUAGAAAUUAAGGGAUUAAUAAAAUAUAAUAGUAAUGGAAUAUUCGACAAAAAUAUUGUUAAAAUAGAUAUUGCUCAAAAGAAUCCAGAAAAUUCUAAUAAUGUUAGUAUUAAUCAAAUUAAUGAGAAUAUAUUUACUAAUAAAACAAAAGACUAUAUAAAUUUGGGAGAUAUAUAUAAGAAUAAGGUGGAGAAAAGUGAAAGUGAAGAUGAAAAUAAGAAAGUGAAAGGAAAAGAGGAGAAAGAAAAAGAGAUAGAAAAAAAAACAGAAAAGGAAACAAGAAAUAAAACAGAAAAAGAAAAGAAAAUAGAAGCAGAAAAAGAAACAGAAAAGAAAACAGAAAAGGAAAAGAAAAUAGAAGCAGAAAAAGAAAAGAAAAUAGAAGCAGAAAAAGAAACAAAAAAAGAAACAGAAAAGAGAACAGAAAAGAGAACAGAAAAGGAAAAGAAAAUAGAAGCAGAAAAAGAAACAGAAAAGGAAAAGAAAAUAGAAGCAAAAAAAGAAACAGAAAAAGAAACAGAAAAGAAAACAGAAAAGGAAAAGAAAAUAGAAGCAGAAAAAGAAAAGAAAAUAGAAGCAGAAAAAGAAGCAGAAACAGAAAAGAAAAUAGAAGCAGAAAAAGAAAAGAAAACAGAAAAGGAAAAGAAAAUAGAAGCAGAAAAAGAAACAGAAAAGGAAAAGAAAAUAGAAGCAAAAAAAGAAACAGAAAAAGAAACAGAAAAGAAAACAGAAAAGGAAAAGAAAAUAGAAGCAGAAAAAGAAACAGAAAAGGAAAAGAAAAUAGAAGCAGAAAAAGAAACAGAAAAGAAAACAGAAAAGGAAAAGAAAAUAGAAGCAGAAAAAGAAACAGAAAAGAAAACAGAAAAGGAAAAGAAAAUAGAAGCAGAAAAAGAAACAGAAAAAGAAAAGAAAAUAGAAGCAGAAAAAGAAACAGAAAAGGAAAAGAAAAUAGAAGCAAAAAAAGAAACAGAAAAAGAAAAGAAAACAGAAAAGGAAAAGAAAAUAGAAGCAGAAAAAGAAGCAGAAAAAGAAAAGAAAAUAGAAGCAGAAAAAGAAGUAGAAACAGAAAAGAAAAUAGAAGCAGAAAAAGAGGUAGAAACAGAAAAGAAAAUAGAAGCAGAAAAAGAAGCAGAAACAGAAAAGAAGAUAGAAGCAGAAAAAGAAGCAGAAACAGAAAAGAAGAUAGAAGCAGAAAAAGAAACAGAAAAAGAAAAGAGAAUAGAAGCAAAAAAAGAAACAGAAAAAGAAACAGAAAAGAAAACAGAAAAGAAAACAGAAAAGGAAAAGAAAAUAGAAGCAGAAAAAGAAACAGAAAAAGAAAAGAAAAUAGAAGCAAAAAAAGAAACAGAAAAGAAAACAGAAAAGGAAAAGAAAAUAGAAGCAGAAAAAGAAAAGAAAGUAGAAGCAGAAACAGAAAAGAAAAUAGAAGCAGAAAAAGAAACAGAAAAAGAAAGAAAAAUAGAAGCAAAAAAAGAAACAGAAAAAGAAACAGAAAAGAGAACAGAAAAGGAAAAGAAAAUAGAAGCAGAAAAAGAAACAGAAAAGAAAACAGAAAAGGAAAAGAAAAUAGAAGCAGAAAAAGAAGCAGAAAAAGAAAAGAAAAUAGAAGCAGAAAAAGAAGCAGAAACAGAAAAGAAAAUAGAAGCAGAAAAAGAAAUUGGAAAUGAAACAAAAACAGAAAAGGGAGAGAAAAUAAAAGGAAAAGAUGAUAUUGAAUCUGCUGGAAAUAAACUCUUAGUAAACUCUAAUUCUUCAGUAUCUAAAAAUAUUGAUGUUAAAAAUUCAUUAUUACUUAAGAUAGCACAAAUAUCAAGCAAAUCAGCUCCAUUAAUAGCUAAAAUGCCAGCACAAGCUAAAGCUAUAUUGAAGGAUAAACAAAGAAACAAAGAGAUCAUGAAAGAUUUUGAAAAGGAUAAUAUUAAUUUUAAUAAUAAAACUAAAGUCUCUAGUGAAGAAAAUGAAAAUUUAUUGCAUGAUAUAGAGGAUUCUAAAUUAAAAGGUAAUUCUUUAAAUAUGACUAAUUUAAAAAAUAAUAUUAAGGAAGAUAAGAUUAAGUCAGAUAUUGAAAUUAAAACUGAGACUCGAUAUCAAAUAGAUAAUAAAAAUAAAAUAGAUAAAAAUGUUAAAUCUAUUCCUAAGGUCAAACCAAAUAUUAUUAAAUCAAGAAUUCGACGUAGUGAUAGUAGUGAUUCUGAUUUUGAAUUAGAUAAUAAUAAAGAAAAAUCUGAAAUAAAAGAUAAAGAUAAUGAAUCUAACAAAAAUUUAGAUAAUAUACCUGAAAAAGAUAAAGAUGUACAAAGUAAUGAAUCUACUUUAAAUCCUAAAAAUAAAAAUGAUAUUAAAAUGAAAAUUAUUUCUGAUACAAAUUUAGGAUCAAAAAUAGAAAAUAAUAAAGAAAUUAAAGAUGAUGAUAUUAAAAAAGUUGAAAAUAAAGAAAAAAUUGAAAGUAAAUUUAUUAAUAAAAUUAAGCAUGAAAAUAUGGAAUCUCAAUUUGAACAAAAAAUCAACAAAAUGCAAAAAGAUGACAAAAUAUGUGAAGAUAUUAAUGAAGAAAUGGAAUCUGAUAAAGUAAAUUCAAAAUUGGAAAAUUCUAAUACUAAAUUAAACAAAAACGAAGAUACUUCAGAUACAAAUAAUCAACCUAAUUUAAAACAAUCUAAAUCAUCUAUUAAUAAUAAUCUAGAAUUAGAAGAUUUAAAAGUUAAACCAAAAAUUAAAGUAAAGGCCAAAACAAAAGUUAAAUCUAAGAAAACUCAAGAAAUAACAUCUAACGAGGGAGAGGGUUGGUUUAGUAGCUGGUGGAGUACUGGUGCUACACAAUCUACAGAUACAAAAACUACAAGUGAUAAUGAUAAGAAUUCUGAAACUAAUAAUAAUCAAUUAAAGGACUUAUCAGAAGAUAAAAAACCUAUUAUUGAUUCUAAAAAUAAUGAAAUUAAAUUAAAACAUAAAUCACAUGUUAAAACAAAAGUCAAGGCAAAAACUAAAUUAAAACAGGAAAUAAAGGAAGAAACAAAAAAUAAAGAAGUAACAUCAUCUGGUGGAUGGUUUGGUAAUUGGUGGGGUAAUAAUGAUUCUACUCCUGAACAAAAUAAAGAUAAUAAGGAUAACCAAGAAAAUAAAGUAAAGGAAAAAUCAGUAGAUUCGACUUCAUUAUCUACUACAGAGAAUGUAAAUACCUGGUCAAGCUGGUUUGGAUAUGGAACAGCAGAUACAACAAAUACAUCAGAACAAUCAAAUAAGGAAGAAAUAAAAGAUGAAAAAAUAGAAAAGAGUGAGACUACAAAUACAAGCUCAUGGUGGGGAUGGUAA